AUGCAUGCCUGUUUAGUAGGUGACGGAGGGACUGCUGGGAACGAAGUAGAUUUUAUUCGUUCGUCAAUAUCCAACAUGGCGUACGUCCCAUCUCAUCUGGUGAAGGGCAUCACACAUCAACAGCGUGUGAUGCGCUUGUACAGAAACAGUUUAAGGCAUUUGCUAGAUUGGGUCAUAGACAGACAGACAUGGAGGCAAGAGGCAGUUAAAUUGAGAGAGAGAUUCGAUGCUCACAAACACGAGAAAGAUAGGAGGGUGAUUCACAUGAUUCUGGGGGCGGCCGAACGUGAAUUUGAGAAACAUAAACAUCCAUUCCCUUAUGUUCGUAAGUACAGUGACUUUUACCUUUCUGUCCUUAAGUGGAUUAUAUCUGUGGAAAGUUUUUCAUCAAACUAUAUAGAAAAUUUAAGUUUUGAACUCUGAAGCUUGUUCAAAGUUGAUCAAAGUUUGUUGAUAAUAUUGAGUUAUCCCUUAUAGACCCGGACAGCCCUGAUGGCAGCAAGUGGGAAAGAAACAUACCGCCUCCUCCUCAUGUAAGUGUUCUGUAAGAUUUGUUCUUUGGAAUGUAGAGGAUAACUAUUUCAUAAAAUCUUUUGAUGUUCUUGUAAUACACGGAGAGACACUUGAUGACCUUCACUGACCAAGCUUAAGUUUUGCAUGUUUAAAGGACCUUACAAGUAUUACGUACCAUUUGAUGAACUCUUCGUUCUUAGACAACAGAGGUGUUAACCUCUUGGUUAAAUGCCAAAACACUGUACUGGUUUUUUUUUCUUUUAAACUAGCCAGUUUACUGCAAAUUAUUUAUGACAGAUUCUUCCCACUCUCAUUACACGAGAUUUGAGUUACCUGCCCUAAACCAAAAUUAACUUUGCUCUCCAGAAACCAUCUAACCUUUGCACUCUUCAGUCUGUUUUCUGCUAAAUAAAUAAAUGUAUUUUGUAUAUGACCCAAAUUCCCUUGAUUCCAAACUCAUCAUCAUACUUGUAAAUUGCAACACAUGGAAAAAGGGGAAAACUUUGAACUGCGGAUAAAGACUGUCUUUGCAGAGGAAAGUCAAGGAUAAUUUGACUGUAAUAUGAAUUUGAAAUACCGAGGAAACUAGUAGUUUGACACCUUAAAAGUGGUAAUGCAGAAUCUGUUUUUCUCAGCCCUGGCAUUGUGAAGCAAAAAUUUGGUUUUUGACGAAAAAAAAAAAAGAACAAAGAAGAUAGGUGUCAGUAACGUUUGAAGGCAGAAGAAUGGUUGAAAUCAGCAAAAGUUUUAAGACACAGAUGACAAAAGAUACAAUAGUUUGGUUAGAUUAUUAACAGUAGUGUGACUCUUGCAAUAUUUUUCUAUUAACAUGUAGAUGCUUCAUAUGCUUCCCUGGGAAGAAGAGUGGUACAAAGAGAUGACUGAAUGGGCAAAUGAGAAAGUAUAG